GCUGGAGUUCAGUAACUUCAUCAUGUUAUGUUUCUUUAUGUAUAAUAAAACCUCAACUGUGGGCUCGUGGUUCGGCCCAGUGAGUCUCUUGAAUUGAACUAAUGUAAAGAAAGCCCCGCUGUGAUGCCUCCAACCAUGACUCAGAUCAGCGAUCCCAAGAUCGCUUUUGCCUACCUGCGCCCGGCCUGUGUCCUGCUGACCCGUGAGCCCACUGUGAGCAACGUGGAGACACUAAGUGCACAGCUGAAAGAAGUCAACGAUGCCACCUUACAACAGCUCCAAGAGUAUGUCCUCUUCCCACUUCGGUUCGUCCUCAAAGUUCCUGGGCCCAAGAAGGACAAACUGGUGCAGGCUGUGGCUGAAGCCAUGAGUCACGUCCUGGAGAAUACUUGUGUCCAGAGUUGGGAGACCCUCCGUGACCUCCUCUCAGAGCUCUGCCUCUGCAUCUGCUCUCCAACAGAUCCUGGGAAACCUGCAGAUACAUCAGAGGAGCUGAAAUCGACCGUGCUGAGAUGCAUGGACGCCCUGCUUCAUGCUGCUUAUGGUGAUAUAGUCUUUAAACUCUUUGAACCGAUCAUGCUGCCUGGGCUGGGAGCUGCCAUAUCACUACUGCUGACUUUAGGAGAGAAAGAGAAAUCUCGAGAAAUACAGGUAGCAGCCCUGAAGUGCCUCCAGGCUUUGACUCUGCAGUGUGACUGCACUCAGGACCAUGUAGCUCCAUCCACAGAGGAGCGGUGUGCUAUAGGCAGCACCAUGGCUUCAUUCUUACCUGGCAUCACUAUGGCUGUAGCCAGGAUCAUUACAGGAGAUCUGAGACAAGGCCACUCAGUCACUGUCAGGGCCAUCAAGGUCUGGUCCAGGACCGUAGUACUUGUCAUGGAAGACGUCCAGCUCCAGUCCAGCAAGGCCUGCAAGACUCCCUCACCAGACCUGGGGAGGAUCGGACAGCUGGUGGUCCUCCGCUCGCAAGACUGGGUGAAAAGCACUUCGGGGAAACUGUGUGUGCUGCUGAAGAAGAUCAUCUCCUGCACCUCGGCCCACCAGCACUGGAGGGUCCGGCUGGAGAUGGUGGAGCUGGCUGACCUCCUGCUGGCCAGGUGUAGCCUGUCUCUGGAAGAGUGUGUCGGGCCACUACUGGAAGCACUGGUGGGAGCAGUCAAUGAUGAGGAGCCCAGAGUCAGAGAGAGGUGUGAGGUUGCUCUCAGAGAGGUGUCACAGAGAAAUCAGAGCAGCAGUAAUCUUUCAGAUAAAAAGAGCAGCAGUCAGACCUUCACUGAUGUGCUCUCAGAGAAUCUUCACUCUUUAGCCACUUCCCUGCCCAGACUCAUGAGGACCUCUGAUGACCAGAAGAAACUGUUCGUCCUCAACGUCUUUCUGGGUUAUUUAAAAAUCCUGGGGCCGCUGGUUUCUGUGGUGCUGAACUCAGCUGCUCAUCUGGAGAGGAUUUCCAAAGCUUUGAUGCAGGUGCUGGAGCUGGAUGUCAUGGAUGUUCGCAUCGUAGAAGAAAGAAGUUACGGCGCAACCAUAGAAACAAGCUCCGUCUCUCCUGAUUCCUCUGCUGCUCACAUACAGAGGAAGCAUUUUCUCUACUUCACAGAUGAGAAGAUCUUAUCUGUGCUCAUGGAGAUCUGUCGGACAUUAGGUUACUAUGGCAACAUUUACCUGCUGACCGAUCACUUCCUGGAUCUGUACCGGCAGUCUUCAGUGUACAGAAAGCAGGCUGCCAUGGUACUGAAUGAGAUUGUCAGGGGUGCCGCAGGCAUCGCCGUGGAAACCGAGGGUCAGGAUUUGGCAGGUGAAAGUCGGGGACGGUCCGCCACCAUGGAAGACCUCAAGGCUGCAGUGGAGUCUGUCCUGGAGGAAUACACCAGCCUGAACAACUGGCACCUGAUUACUGUCAGUGAAGAGACUGACAGAGACAGACAGGACCAGCAGCUGCUCAGUCCAUCCAGAAUCCUCUCCAUAUCCAACAGUGAUAUCGGCAGCGCUAACGCCAACUCCCUCCAAGUGAUCCGUUCCUCAUUUGCCUCCUUAUCUGCUUCAUCAUCCACCUCCACAAUCCACCAGCUCAACAGCAACAUCUGGCAGCUGUGUAUCCAACUCGAGGGCAUCGCCUGCUUUGCUCAGGCAAUGGGGCAUGAAUUCUGUCCUCUGCUGAUGACAUCACUGUACCCCGUGCUGGAGAAAGCCGGGGAGGAGACGCAUCUGGUCAGCCAGACAGCACUGGGCUCCAUGUGGGACAUCAGUAAGGCCUGUGGCUACCCCUCUCUGAAGGAGCUGAUCAAUGACAACUCAGACUAUCUGCUCAAUGACAUAUCGCUCAACCUGCAGAGGCUCAGCCAGCAUCCACAGGCUCCACGGGUGUUGACAGUGAUGUUGACUCACUCUGACUGCAGCCUGCUGCCUUUGGUCGGGGACAUCGUUCAGGAUGUGCUGAUGGCUCUGGAUCUCAGUUACGACAGCACAGCUGCUCUGUUCUGCUCUGUGCUGCACGCACUCAUGAAGGCACUGGUGAGGUGGUUUCCCACCAGUCCUAAUAAGACCAAUGAAUCUGCCAGACCCAUGCAGACCUCCUCUGACCAGGAAGUGUUCAACAUUUGCCAAUUCCUGCUGGAUUACCGCAAACAGAAAGAGCUGGCAGAGGGUAUUGGAAUAGAGGAGGACGACACUGAGGACCUUGAAAUCCCUCCUCCCACAGAGUGUGAGGAUGUUGAAGAUAUUGGUGGUCCUGACGUGAAAGUGGAACUUCCCUCCCACCUCAGCAUCACUAAAGAUGUUAUGGAGCGCUGCACUCAUCUACUGUCUGACCCCAGCCUCAGGGUCCGACUCAAGGUAUUGGAUGUACUGGAGUUAUGUGUGUGUUUACUGAGCGAGAGAGAAAAUGAACUGCUACCCAUGGCCCAUCGCUGCUGGCCCGCCCUCCUGCAGAGACUGACAGCUGAUGACCCUCUAGCAGUCCUCAGAGCCUUUAGGGUGCUGUGUACACUGGGUGAAACAUGUGGUGACUUCCUGAGGAGUAGGGUUUCCAAAGAAGUUCUGCCCAAGCUGAGCUCCUCUCUGGCAAAGCAGGCUCCAAUUAGCGCCAAGGCCGGACCCGUCUACACACACACCCUGGCCUACAAGCUGCAGCUGGCUGUACUGCAGGGGCUGGGAUCACUGUGCCAGAGGCUGGACCUUGGUGAAGCAGAGCUGGAUGCUGUUUGUGAAGCCUGUCUGCCUUACCUCAGCUGUAGACAACCUGUCAGACUGCAAGAGGCUUGCCUAAGCGUUUUCCGACACUUAAUCCAGGUGGAUCCAGACGUCUUCUGGUUUACUCUGAAUGAGCUGCACUGCCCAUCAUCCUACAUCCCGCCACACCCAGACCUUCAGCCUGUGCAGCUGAACGGGAUGGGCCGACCCCGAGACGAAUACUCAGACAACGUGCUGAAACUGCUAAGGGAGGAGUUCGGCCCGGUCGCUGAGACAAUCGACCAGCCAGUCAGCUAAUGAGCCAGUGAUAGAAGUGACAGACGCCUCUCUCAAAUGGACGGCCGAUUGAACCGCUGACUCCAACAAGUCAGCUAACUGAAAGAAAAUCAGACAAUUGUGGAGAAAAGCAGCCGUAAGAUGCCGGUGUGAUAACCUUCAUGCUGCGUACGGCUCUGAUAAGCAGUGAAAUACAAAGAGAAAAUGUCAGUGAAGCAUCUCUACUGCUGUUCACUGUCAGGCUGCAGUGUAGAAACCAGGAACAAACCUGCUACGUCUCCUACAAUAGGAGACAUGCAGUGACA